AUGUCUUCUCUUGAUAGGAAUGAUAUCAACCUGAUCAUUGGAAAUGAAUGGGAUUAUUUUCAUCAUCCGGCAAUUGGCAUUUUGGGUGGAAUUUUGGUGAUGUGGAAAAAGGAUUUAGCUUCCUUUGAAGUCAUUGAACAUUCUUCCCAAUUGAUUAUGGGAACUCUCAACAUCAAUGUUUUGGGAAAGUGGAACAUAGCUACUGUCUAUGGAGGUAAGGAUGCUCAAACCCAUAGAAGUCUUUGGCAAAAGCUUGAAGGAUGUAUGAUUGGUGAUGAACCAGGAAUUAUAGGGGGAGAUUUCAAUUACAUCCUCUCUAAGGAGGAUAAGAAGGGUGGGAAGAGGUUCCAUUUCUCUAAUGGUUCUAAAGAUAUGAAAAAGUUUUCGAUGAAUAAUGACUUCCAUGAUAUUGGGAAUGCUAGAUUCUCCUUUAUUGUUAAUGGUAGAACUUCCAAGUGGAUUAUUGCAGAAAAUGGCUUUAGGCAAGGGUGCCCUCUAUCGCCAUAUCUGUAUAUUAUUUGCUCUCAUCUUUUUUCUUUGGCAAUGGCACAAAGGGGUCAAGAUUUGGGAAUUCAGGUUUCACAUAGAGCUCAAAAGGUUAGCCAUUUGCUGUUUGCUGAUGAUGUAUUGCUUUUAUGUCAAGCUUCAAAGCAUCUUGCUGUCAAGUUGAAUAACAUUGUGUUGGACUUCUGUUCCUGGACUGGAUUAAAAGUUAAUAAUGCCAAAUCUCAAAUUUUGUUUAACAAGGGAAUGAAUAGAGUGGACAUCUUACAAGUGAAGAAAAUUCUGAAGUUCAAAAUGCUGAACACAUGGGGAAGUAAGUGCCUAUCAUUGGCGGGGAAGGAUACUCUUGCUAAGACUUCCCUCUUAAUUCUACCGAACUUUAUUUCUACACACACUUUGGUCCUAAAGAAGGUGCUUCAUGAGGUUGAUAAAUGUUGUAGAAAGUUUAUUUGGCAUAAGAGGAAUGGAAAGAAGGGUAUGCACUACAUUACUUUGAAAAAUCUUUGUAAAUCAAAAGCUCAAGAAGGUUUGAACUUUCACUCGGCGGUUAGUAGAUCUAGUCCUCUCAAAGCUAGAUUGACUUGGAGGUUGAUACAAAACCAGAAUUCUUUACUGCAUCAGGUUCUGAUAACCAAAUAUGGAGACAAUUUGUGGAAAGCUAAGUGUAGAAAUGGUAGUUCAAUUGCUUGGAAUAUUUUGAAUGAAGGUGCUGAAUACUUAAAGCCUUUAUUGAGGUGGAGAGUAGUUAAUGGGAGAAAAAUUGAUGUUCUUAAUGAUAUUUGGUUGUUAGACAAACAAUUGAAUGAUUGGCCAGUUACGGCAGAUUAUGCGGGCUUGGAAGGUUUAAAUCUCAGCCAUUUCAUUAGUGAGAAUGGUUGCUGGGAUCUUGAAGAAUUGCAGUGCUUUUUCCAUGAAGAUAUCAUCACUAUGGUAUUAUAG